UCGGACUGUCGGCGGCGCAGGUGCGACUGCCAGUCAAAGCGGUUGCCCUGGGCGACGGGGGUCCCCAGGAAUUUUGCUGCAGGUGCAGCCCUCGCCUGUCAAUCACCAGAGGGACUACGGGAGGCGGCGGGGAGCGGGCGGAUUGCGGUGCGGAAAUGGCCGAGGUUCACAACCUACAGGAGCUGCGUCCAAGUGCUUCUCUGGCCACCAAGGUCUUCAUCCAGCGAGACUAUACUGACGGGAUUCUCUGCCAGUUCCAGUCCAAGUUCCCCCCGGAGCUAGAGAGCCGGGUGGAAAGGCACUAUUUUGAGGAAACGGUGAAGACCUUGAACAGUUACUACGCUGAAGCUGAGAAAAUUGGAGGGACAUCCUACUUCGAAGGGUGCCUGGCCUGUGUCACUGCCUACGUCAUCUUUAUAUGUAUGGAGACGCGCUAUGAGAAGGUUCUGAAGAAGAUCUCCAAGUACAUUCAGGAACAAAACGAGAAGAUCUACGCGCCCCGAGGGCUGCUGAUCACGGACCCCAUCGAGCGAGGACUACGGGUUAUCGAGAUCGCCAUCUACGAGGACCGGUGCAGCAGCGGGAGCAGCAGCGGCAGCAGUAGCAGUAGCAGCUGCAGUGGGCAGUGAAGCUGGGGGGUCGGCGGGGGAGGGGGCCCACGCACCAGCGGGAACGCAAUCCCGACAAACUCCUGAGGAAACCACCGGCCCUUUUCGCCGAGUAGUCUGGACCAUUCCUGGGGUGGGGUGGGG